AUGUUUUUAAUGUCGUCAUCUACAUUGAUUCGAGUUCAACAAUCAUCAUUAUUUAAUGAAAAUAAUUAUUCAAAUAAUAAUGGUAAUGAAAAACGUACAAUAAGCAUGUUUCGUUUAAUUCUUCAUCUAUUGGAUUAUAUUUAUUUAUUUCAUAUAAACAUAUUUCUUUAUUUUUUAUUACUUAUUAAACGAAUAUUAAUAUUUUUUUUUGGUUUUGGGACUUUUAUUUUUGUUAGUUUACGUGGAUCGAAAAAAAAACUUAUUCAAUUUCAAUCUGUUAAAUAUUAUAAUUGUCCUCUUCAAUCAUUAUCUCUUCAUCGAUUACAUUUUCUUCCAAAAAAAAUUCUAGUAUUAGAUUUAGAUGAAACAUUAAUUCAUUCUCAUCAUGAUGGUCAAGUGCGUACUUUAGCAGGCAAACCAACUGUAUCACCAGAUUUUAUAAUUCGUGUUGAAAUUGAAAAACAUCCAGUACGAUUUUUUGUUUAUAAACGACCACAUGUUGAUUAUUUUCUUGAAACAGUUAGUAAAUGGUAUGAACUUGUUGUAUUUACUGCAUCCAUGGAAAUUUAUGGCGCAGCCGUUACCGAUAAAUUAGAUAAUAAUCGAAAUAUUCUUUUACGUCGAUUUUUUCGACAACAUUGUAAAUUAGAGUCUGAUGCUUAUUCAAAAGAUUUAUCCGUUGUUGAUAAUGAUCUAUCACGAAUAUUUAUUUUGGAUAAUAGUCCUUUAGCUUAUCGUUCUUAUCAAUUAAAUGCCAUUCCUAUUAAAUCAUGGUUUUUUGAUUCAACAGAUACUUGCCUUCUGUCACUACUUCCAUUUCUUGAUGCAUUAAGAUUUUGUUGCGAUGUACGUUCUGUAUUAGCAAUGAAUUUACAUUUACAUAAAAAUUUAAUGAUGACAAAUAGAAAUUCAUUGAUCACACAAGUUCUGCCACCAUAG